CCUCCCAGUGUUUCCCUCAGCCUAUCCUCUGUGUUCUCCUGUCUUGUGCUCCAGCCCCUUCCCCAGGUGUGUCUUGUUUGAUGAUUAGUUCUUGUCUAUUUAAGUCCUGUUUGAGUUCUGUUCUUCGUCGGUUCAUUGUGCUGUAUUGUCCUGUUCUGUGCUGUAUUGCAUUCUGUUUCCUGCUCCCUGCCUUAGUUCCUUGUGUUCUUUGUAGUGAUUAAAUCUUGUUUUUUUUCAUUGAGCAUUUUUUGCCUGCGGCUCCUGCUUUUGGGUCCUCCACCUUCCAGCCCCGUGACAGAAUGAACCGACCACUUAAGGACCCAGCGGAGCAAUAUUGUUCGUUUGGAGAAGGCACUCUGGACUCUCAUCAGCAGUGGCUUGGAGAACUGGCUGACUGCAACCGGUCGGUGGCGGCUAAAAUCUCCCUGAUUUCACAGCAGUCCGCGCUGCCGCUGCUGCUGCCUCUGCCGCUGCCGCUGCCCGGCGGUCCCGGGUCCACGCUGCCGCUGCCACUGCCCGGCGGUCCCGAGUCCACGCUGCCGCUGCCCGGCGGUCCCGAGUCCACGCUGCCACUGCUCGGCUUCCGGGGAUCUGCGUUGCGGGACUGCGUAGUUGGCCUGCAGUCUGGUGCCGCCCGCACUGCCGCCAUUCCGGGAGGUUCCGCCUUGGCCGCCCGCGCUCUGGCCGUCCGCCCGAGCGCCGCCCCGUGCCUGGUUCCCGGCGCCAGGGGCGUCCGCCCGAGCGCCGCCCCGUGCCUGGUUCCCGGCGCCAGGGCCGUCCGCCCGAGCGUCGCCCCGUGCCUGGUUCUUGGCGCCCUGGCCGUCCACCAGAGCAUUACCCUGUCCUUGGUUCCCUGCGCCCCGGUUGUCCGCCCAAGUGCCGUCCCAUCCUUGGUUCCCAGCGCCCCGGCCGUCCGCCCAAGCACCGCCCCGCCCUUGGUCACCUGCCCUCCAGCCUUCCACCAGAUUCCGGCUCUGAGCCCUGUGCUUUGGCCUCCUCCUCCCCCCGUCUUAUGACGGCCAUCCAUCCCCGUGCCCCAGAGACUGUUUUUGGGACGUCAGGAGCCGUCCCUUGAGGGGGGGGUACUGUCAUAGUUUUGUGUUGCUUGUGUUUUGUUUGGUUCUGUUUCAUGUGUUUCUGUCAUGGUUUUGUUGUAUCUGUUUCCUGAGUUUCU